GAUGCAGAGUGGCCAAAUUGAUUAGUGAGUAAUAUAGUUGGCGGAUUACUCGAGCAAAAUACUGAUUACUGGCUAUCACAAGUGAUAGAACGAGAGGGCCACUCUGCAUCAUUUCAGUCCAUAUAACAGUAUCUAUGGUGCUAAUUUAGUGCUCUCUCUCUUUCUCUCUCCUCACUUCCUUCUUCUUUGGUUGUGAUUUUUCAUUUCAUUUCAAUCAUGGCUUGUUCAAUGCUAAAUGGGGUUGAUAAACUUGCCCUAAUCAGCGGGACAACCCCAAAUAGAUUGGGAUUUUCUGGGUCUGAUUUUAAUGGAAAAUACCAAUUACCCAGAUUGAGUUUACCCCCAAAUUCCAGAAAUUUAAGGUCCAAAACCCUAACUUUAACCCCAAAAUGCAGUCUUUCAGCCUCUUCAAGGCCUGCUUCACAACCCAGAUUUAUACAGAACAAAAAAGAGGCAUUUUGGUUUUACAGAUUCCUGUCAAUUGUGUAUGAUAACAUUGUAAAUCCUCCGCAUUGGACAGAGGAUAUGAGGGAUGAAGCUUUAGAACCAGCAGAUUUGAAUAACAGGAAUAUGUUGGUUGUUGAUGUUGGGGGUGGAACUGGGUUCACUACUUUAGGUAUUGUUAAGCAUGUUGAUGCUAAGAAUGUCACCAUUUUGGAUCAAUCACCCCAUCAAUUGGCGAAAGCGAAAGAGAAAGAGCCUUUGAAGGAAUGUAAGAUUAUUGAGGGUGAUGCUGAGGAUCUCCCUUUUCCUACUGAUUAUGCUGAUAGAUAUGUUUCUGCUGGAAGUAUUGAGUACUGGCCUGAUCCACAACGGGGCAUAAGGGAAGCAUACAGGGUGCUGAAAUUGGGAGGGAAAGCAUGUUUGAUUGGUCCUGUUUAUCCAACAUUUUGGCUAUCUCGCUUCUUUGCGGAUGUCUGGAUGCUCUUCCCAAAGGAGGAAGAGUAUAUUGAGUGGUUUGAGAAAGCAGGUUUCAAAGAUGUUCAACUGAAAAGGAUUGGCCCUAAGUGGUACCGUGGGGUUCGGCGCCAUGGCCUCAUUAUGGGCUGUUCUGUAACAGGUGUAAAACCUGCCUCGGGAGAUUCACCCUUGCAGCUUGGUCCAAAAGCUGAGGAUGUCCAAAAACCAGUGCCUCUACAUGUAUUUCUCUACCGAUUCAUCCUUGGAGUUUUGGCAUCGACAUACUAUUUACUGGUUCCUAUUUACAUGUGGAUCAAAGACAAAAUUGUUCCAAAGGGACUACCAAUAUAAGGGAUAUGAGAGCAAGGGGCUUGCAAGUUCAAACAUGAAGAGCUGCUCGUGAGCGAGGUUGUUUUCAAAGCUUAAAACAUUUUAAUAAUUAUGUAGAUCUUGUUGGUACUUGAUAGUAUGUAAUUAGAGAAUCUAAAACCAUUUGAUAAGUCUCAUUGCAUUUUGAAGUAGUUAGCUGAAAAACUAUGCACUAAAUUUCCGUUAGUGCGGUUGUCAGCUCAUAUGUCCAGUAUUAGAGCAACUACUCAAGUUUGCAUAUGAUGUACUAAGAACAAAUAACCGUAACGGUCAUCUUUACAAACGAAGGCUUGGCAAUGGGAUUUCUUUUUUUAAGCCUUCGAACCAAGAGGGUAUAGUAGAAAA